AUGGUCACGAAGUCCACCUCUCCUAUGGCUUUCGGAAGGCAGUCUGCCGCCGACCUCGAGAGCUUGCCCGUCGAACUCAAUUUGCUUAUCCUUGAAAGUCUUCCUGACGUCAAGUCCCUGGCAAGUGUCGCCUAUGCGGUGCCGUCACUCUAUCGUACGUUGCUAGCCGACAAUUUGUCCAUCUCUACACGGAUCUUGCACAGGGAGCUGCCCGACUACUUGUGGACACACGCAACUGUCGCCCACCUUGCUCGACAGAGGGCCUCCACCGGCGGCGACUUUGACAGCUUAGAGACGAGCUCCGACAUAGACGCACUCGUCGACAGCUUCCGGGGCCUUCGAGACAAUGCGCCUGCCUACCGAGCCACCCAUGCCGAGGCCAUCGCCAUUCUGCGCACCUACGACAAGGUUGUUGCACUCCGAGACCUUUUCGCGCUUGAUUGCCCGUACGCCGGCAACCAGGAACUCAUUCCGCUGCGGGAUUCUCUUAGACGACAUCCCCUUGAGCCUUCGGAGCUGGAAAGGAUCGAGCGGGCCAUAUACAUGUUUGACAUCAUUUCGUCGUUCUGCAAAGAAAAGGUCUUCAUGAGCCCAGGAGACGCAGCGUAUGUAUCCAAGUGCUACGAAAAAGUGUCGGCACUCCAGAAGGCACUGGUGGAGCGACUGAUGGCACCGUGGGAGCUGUAUCAGGUCAUGCACAUGCAGGCGUACUUUCGCCGUGCUCUCUACGGGCUUGAUCGUGACGAGCACUUGAGCGAGCGAGUCGUGCCGGGUCUGCUGGUGGGCGGCAUCGACUUCGUCCACCACGCCCUUUGCGUUGUGGGGAAGGAGGGACUCCAUGAACUGAUGGUUCCCCUCGAGAAGAAGCUCUUGCGCGAGCCACAAAGUGUUUUUGGCGUCGUCGUCUCCCGCGGAAUCCACCAGACCUGGACCCGGAUGAACGCCAAGACGUUCGACCACUAUCGCCCCUUCUGCCACGACGGCGACCGGUUGGGCUACCAGUCCUGGAAGAACCUCGAGAACUUGUACCAGAGGUUUACCAUGGACAACGACCCAAACAUACUCGAUCUGUUCCACAAUUGGGUCGCGGCCAAGGAGGGACGAAUCGACCUUUUGGCGGCGAGCAUGUGGAACGAUGACCGCUGGGAUGACAUUGAACUGGCGGUACACCCGCCGCGGGCGGACUGGUGGAAGGGCGUCAAACAUCAUUGGAAUUCGAUGGCUGUGGGAUUCCAAGUGCUUGCCGAUCCGGGGAUACUGGCGGACAAGGAGUGA